AUGGGUAAUUGCUUCAAGUACAUUUGUAGAUCAUUCCCUGGACUGAGCAUGGAAAAACUAAAAGCUGGAAUCUUUGAUGGUCCUCAGAUUCGUAAACUCGUGAACGAUUCCAAUUUUACCAAAUGCAUGUAUGACACUGAGGCUUCGGCCUGGAAAAGGUUUGUCUCUGUUGUGAAGAACUACUUGGGUAAUCACAGAGCAGACAAUUAUGAAGAAUUGGUGCAAGAUAUGCUUGCUAACUUCAGAAAUUUGGGAGUUAAUAUGAGCAUAAAGAUGCACUAUCUCCAUAGCCAUUUAAACAGAUUUCCAGAUAACCUCGAAGACUUCAGCAAGGAACAAGAUAUUGGUACAAUCACUGCAAAAUGUGCUAUAGUUUCUCACCAGGAAGCCUCUGAUUCCAUCUCUUCCUCUUUGGAAAUCCUCAUUUCUCAGUUUUUCCCUUCUAGAGCUCUCUGUGAUUCUCUUGAUCAGCCCUUCAGAUCCCUGACGGCGCUGGAUGGAGGCACUGUGACUUUGGUGUGCUCUGUAGUCCAGUUCCAUCCAAAUGACCUCUUUUGGUUUAAACAUACUUCUGGAGAGGCUCCCCGAUACAUAACGUCCUACAUGGGGUAUUCACAACAGGAAACGUUUUAUGGUGAAUUUGAGGAUUCCCGCUUCCACAUUGAGAAAACAAACAGCACUUUCAAUCUUAAAAUUGAAAAGCUGCAGCCACUGGACAUGGCCACAUAUUACUGUGGAGAGAAGAGAUUUGGUCAUGUUUUCCUUGGUCCUGGAACUGUUUUGUGCCUUACAGGUAUUGCCACAGAACACAGAAGAAAUGAGCCACCAGUCCUCAAGCUGUUCCUCGAUGGGCACAAUAUGAUGCUGAGUUGCACUGUAAAGCGAGACGUGUAUGGUGAUGACCACAGCGUUUAUUGGUUUUGGCAGAACACAGGACAGCCUCUUCAAGGAAUUUCGCAUGAUAUUGUGAAUAAGUCUCUAAGGGUGGACAACGAAUCAGCAAAAUAUGUAUAUAUUGUUAACAAACAUAACAUCAGCACUCUGCAUGCUGGAACAUUCUACUGUGCUGUAGCGAUGUGUGCCGGAGUCUUUAUCAGCAACGGAACAACACUUCAUCUUUCAGGUGACUCCGAAAGAAAGAAAGAAAGAAAGAAAGAAAGAAAGAAAGAAAGAAAGAAAGAAAGAAAGAAUUUC